UUUUUUUUUUUUUUCUCCUUUUCUUGGUCUCUUGCACCCCAAGGCCACCUUUUAUACAAUGGCAACUCCCCUUACUGUUGUCGAAUAAUGCACCCCCACUCUAGCCGUUCCCUGUCUUCAUUGUUACCCUAUUUUUUCAACCGGUAUUACUAUGCCCUUCUGGGCUGCGAAUGUAUUUUGGAUUCCCUCUAUAUUUAUUUUUCUGCUGGGUCGGAAAUUGCACUUUUGUGUACGUUUGAUAUUGCAUGAUACCUCAAUGAUACAAUACUUAUUGAUAAUACGAUUUGAUUCUGGCACUGUGAAUUUGGUAGUGCUCUUACUCAUUGGCGUUGGAGCGGAGGCCAGGGUCUUAACACGGUUCGUCACCCCCUACUUAUUCCUGUUAGUGAGGAGGAAGGUCGGGGGGAAUAAGGCCGAUAGAUCCUGAUCAGAGGCAAGGGUAGAAGUUCCUGAUCCAUAAGGCCCGUGAUAUUCUCCGUCAAGGUAUUUCAUUCUUGGCCACUAGAGAAGCGCCAGUUCAGGCUCCUGGAGGCGGUAUAGCACUCCGUUAAAGCAGGAGCCAAUGACACUAUCCCCGUGUUGCUAAAGUAGGGAUCCACUGAACUAAUAAUUUGAACUGUGUUGUUGAACAUUGUUUGCAAAGUAAACUCCUGCAUACAAACCAAGCUUAAAUAACCACCUAAACUUCUCCCUGCUUGCAAACCAGUCACAUCGCAGAUCAUAUUUUGCCACUCACCACCAGCUCGCAGCUACGGGUAGGCAUAAACUUGGAUUUUUGCCUCUUUGUUCCCUGCUUCUGGCUUCUGGGCUGUACAGGUAUCCUAUGUAUGUCUUGCGCCUGGCUUGAUUAGGAAAAAGGAAUUCACAAACCAAACAUGGGUAUUUGCCCGCUGGUUUCCCCCGCCACUCCCCUAGCCACGACGACUCAUUAAUUGAUUUAGUAUUAUUCUACGGACCAGGACUAAACUUAUCCCCAAUUUGAUAUUCUCCUACAAAUUGAGAAUGUGCCCGCAGUAUACAAUAACGCAUACUGCAAUGGUCAAGCAAGGGCACACACAGGAAGAACUGUCUCAAUCGAACGGACCGAUCCGCAAUUGGAGUUGCCCGAGAGCCAAAAGGUCGCAAUGAUAAAGCUCGACGUGUUGCUGGACCUGUGCAUUGACAACUGCAGAUUGUCCAUCCAGGCUCAGCUUUGCAGGGUCUAGACGACUCAGUGACGCUACUCAAUCUAUCUCUUCAGCCGUCCGGUGCCCUGGCCCGCUCUGGGGAACCUCUCCCUGGUAUUAAUUUUUAUACCUGUCUGUGGCCUUUCUCCGCCAGAAUCGCUGGGGGGAGGUUAGCGGAGAGGCACAGACUUCCUUUCUUGUUAGUUUUCGGUGUCUAGCUUAUUCUUCUGCUUCGCGUGUCCUCCUCCCAUUAAGCAUCUCUUCUUCCCCUAUACCUAGGCUAUUUUCCAGAAAGUCCUCGAUCAUCCUAGUAUCUCUCUAUAUACCUUGGGAUAACGUCGUUUUAGCUUCUGCUUCGAAUUUUUUGUACUGGUCCAAUAGCGAGAGCAGUAUUGUUCUUUACUGUUGCAAUUUGUACCUUGCCGAUAACAACAUAUGUUAUAUUUCCUGUAGAAAAGGAAUCCGAGAAGAAGACGAUCGGAGGGCUCUAAAUGCGCCAAAGAACAACGAACCCUGGCUAUUGUUGACGAGGACUGCUUUAUUCCUCUAGAGCCAUAGGGAUGCCGCAAACUUCCACUACCCAGUCUAGAGCGGACCAAGAACGGCCUCCUCCUGGGUCCGUUGUAGUUGGAAUGCCAUCGACAUCUAGUAUUGCCCGUUUACCUCUUCAGCACGCUUACUGUCCAAUACCACCGGCAUUUACACAAUUUUCCUCACCUUUUCAGAUUCCAGGACACGCAUCUCUUCAGGCACACGAUACAUGGAAUUGUCGCCGAUAUGAUGCAACUUUCAAUUAUCCCUCAAUGCCUGGCGUCUUCACAAAUCAGAUGACCUCCUCCACGCAGGCCCUGUUUUAUCACGCUGCUCUCCACUUCCCCCAACCUACAUACUACGGGGCACUCUUCCAUCAAGGGCCAAGUUGGCAGCAUUUUCCACCCGAAGCCAUGCCAUACAACCACCAACCCAUACCAAUAGGCCCACGCGUGCGGAGUAACAAUAACAUUGAGCCCCCGGACUACGCCCGUAUUACGCAUGAACAACCACACCAGGCCAGGUCCUUGGGGCCGGCCAGGGAGUCGACCGCCUGCUAUACUAUAGUCGAUGGCUCAGUGUCAGGCAAUCGUGCUGGAAAAGUCAUCCAGUCGAUAAGAAACAGAACAACAGGGGGGGAACUAAAACUGCCCAUUUUUCCCCACGUGCCACCAACCCCCAUAGGACCGCCGAGGAAGCCAAAACAGUCUGGGUUCGCCUUAUGGGUUGGGAAUCUCCCGUCUCGCGCAAGCAUUGUUGAUCUCAAGGAUCACUUUUCUCAAGGUGCUACAGAAGAAAUUGAAAGUGUAUUCCUUAUCUCAAAUAGCAAAUGUGCGUUUGUGAAUUAUAAGACAGAAGCGGCUUGCGUCUCUGCAGUGACAAGGUUCCAUGAUUCAAGGUUCCAGGGCAUUAAAUUGGUUUGCAAGCUGCGUAGGGGCGCUGCUUCUGAGAUUAACAAUAGAAUGGCAUUGUCACCACCACUUCCGACGAUUUCGAGUACUGUUACUGAUGAAAAUGAGGUUGCCGAGUCGCGCGGAGAACAUAUUCUGAACCAUUUCUCCAAGGGUCACGGUCUUCCACGCCCAGAUGUGAGACAUCCUGAACGGUAUUUUAUAGUUAAAAGCCUGACUAUCGAAGAUCUUGAGCGAAGCAGAGUGAGUGGGGUAUGGGCCACGCAGAGACAUAACGAGGCUGUUCUGAACCAUGCGUAUGAGACUUCAGCGGCUGUAUAUCUGGUAUUUUCCGCGAAUAAAUCUGGAGAAUAUUUCGGCUAUGGCCGGAUGGCCUCCCCUAUCCCCACUGGCGAACCAAGCAGCACUGAGGGAAACCCCCCAAAAACCAGUUCAACGACGCCUUCCGAAUUUCUUAUAAUCACGGCUACGCCUCGCACGCAAACGGCACCGGCGGGCUCUGUAGUGGACGAUCCAGCUCGGGGCUCUAUAUUCUGGGAAAUCGAUCGCACAGACGACAUAACUUCGGAAAAGGAAGAUGGGCCUGGCCAACUAGAGAACAAAGGGAAAGACGAUGACAAUCAGUCUUUUGGUAGGUCAUUCAGUGUAGACUGGUUGUGCUGGCGACGUCUCCCUUUCCACCGCACAAGAGGCCUCCGGAACCCUUGGAACGCGAACAAGGAGAUGAAAAUCGCCAGGGAUGGAACCGAGAUCGAACCAAGUGCAGGGAGAAGAUUGAUAAAGUUAUUUGACCUAGUUAUAUAAAAUACCGGGAGCGGUUCUCAAC